AUGGAGCAUCACAGGAUGAUCAUUGGGCUUAAAGAUUCAUCCGGUGAUCAACAGAAAUGGGUUGUUGAUUCUUCUGUCGAUAGUAAAGGAAAUCUUCCGCUUCGGGCUAGAACCGGAGCUUGGAAAGCUGCACUCUUCAUCAUUGCAAUCGAGUUCAGUGAGAGACUAAGUUACUUUGGGCUCGCGACGAACUUAGUGGUCUACCUAACACUUAUUCUUAAGCAAGAUCUAAAGACGGCUGUAAGAAAUGCAAAUUACUGGUCUGGUGUCACUACUUUGAUGCCUCUUCUUGGAGGCUUCGUCGCCGAUGCUUAUCUCGGUCGUUAUGCAACUGUUUUACUCGCAACCAUCAUCUACCUUAUGGGUUUGUUACUGUUAACACUGUCUUGGUUUAUACCGGGAUUGAAACCUUGUCAUGAAGAAACGUGUGUUGAGCCAAGGAAAGCCCACGUCAUAGCUUUCUUCAUUGCAUUCUACUUAAUCUCCAUAGGCACUGGAGGUCACAAGCCAUCACUUGAGAGCUUUGGAGCUGAUCAAUUCGAAGAUGGCCAUCCCAAAGAACGAAAGAUGAAAAUGUCUUACUUUAACUGGUGGAGCACGGGUCUUUGCGCUGGUGUGUUAACCGCUGUGACUGUGAUCGUUUAUAUCGAAGACAAUAUCGGUUGGGGUGUGGCUGGUGCCAUACUCUCAGUAGUCAUGGCUACUUCGCUUUUGAUCUUCCUUAUUGGUAAACCGUUUUACCGUUAUAGAAAGCCUUCCGGUAGCCCGUUGACCCCGAUCUUGCAUGUCUUUGUUGCUGCCACUGCCAAAAGACAUCUUCCUUGUCCUAAUGAUUCUUCUCUUCUUCAUGAGCUGUCGAGAGAAGAGUAUACUAAAGGACGGCUUCUUUCCAGCACAAAGAAUCUUAAAUUUCUAGACAAAGCAGCGGUUAUCGAAGACCGAGGAAGCGAGAACGGUAUGGCCAAUAAGGAGAGUCCAUGGAGACUAGCAACGGUAACAAAAGUAGAAGAAGUGAAGCUACUCAUCAACGUGAUUCCAAUCUGGUUUUUUUCACUAGCCUUUGGGAUAUGCGCCACUCAAGGCACAACAUUGUUCAUCAAACAAUCCCUUGCCAUGGACCGACACAUCGGUCACAGCUUCGUAGUUCCACCAGCUUCCAUGUUCGCCAUCGUAGCUUUCUCCAUGAUCAUAUUCCUAACAAUCUACGAGAAGCUCCUCGUGCCUCUUUUGAGACGCGCCACGGGAAACGACAGAGGCAUUAGCAUUCUACAAAGAAUCGGGACCGGUAUGGUUUUCUCCUUAAUCGCCAUGAUCAUUUCUGCUCUAGUUGAGAGAAAAAGAUUGGAUUAUACAAAGCAACAUCACAUGGCCAUGAGUGCUUUUUGGUUAGCACCUCAGUUCGUAGUCAUUGGAAUUGCGGACGUUUUUACCCUCGUUGGUCUUCAAGAGUAUUUCUACGACCAAGUCCCUGAUUCGAUGAGAAGCUUAGGCAUAGCGUUUUACCUUAGUGUGCUUGGUGCGGCUAGCUUUGCCAACAAUAUAUUGAUGACGGUUAGUGAUCGUUUAGCUGAAGCAAUCUCCGGGAAGAGCUGGUUCGGUAAAGACCUUAAUAGCAGCCGCUUGGACCGUUUUUACUGGAUGCUAGCCGCUUUGACCGCUACAAAUCUUUGCUGCUUUGUAAUUGUAGCCAAGAGAUACACUUACAAGAGUGUGCAGCCAAGCCUGGCUGUUGCUGACGUUGGUGAUGACGUGGAGGCAGUCUCCGUGACUGAUACAUCCAAAUUUACAUAA